AUGAUCCUUUGCCACCGAGAGAUUGCAUCGAUGAGAUAAGAUAAGUUCAAUCUUGUGAAACUCAAUUUUGAGGAUGGCAACUUUGCCACUUUUGUUUGAGCUUUCUAACUGCUAGCUUCAAUUUUUACUUCUCGAUCAUUCAUGGUUUUAGUUGGUCUCGGUAAUAGUGAUUGAAAGGAGUACAUUUCAGAAGUUUUGUACGAGGAAGUAACGCGGUGCUGCCGAACAAGGCGUAUAAACUGUUAUUGGACACAAGUGGAACAAUGCAGAUCAGCAAAUCCUUUGACAUCUAUUAGUUGCAAAACUCAAGAUGGCCGUCAAGUGUAAACCUAUAGGAUUCAAGGGAAAAGCGGGUUUCGAACUUAAUCGUCACCGCAUAGAAAUCGACAUUAAAGAAAAAGAUACCGACGCUCUACGCGAAUGUUUAGAGAAGCAAUGCGCCGGAUUGACGUCAAACCACAAGAUCGGCGGCUUGACAACCGAAGAGUCACUCGUUCUGAGUCUCCUCCAACAUUAUUCUUCAUGUUAUUGGCUCAAAAGCCUAGACUAUGCAUCGCUAGCCGUUAUGAAAGGCUUCGAAUGGCUUGACGAAUCGACGUGGAACAAGUUUCGAGCCACAAUCGAUUGUCAUCAACAGUCAAAAUCCAUUACCAUCCAGGAGGUCGUCAAGGUGUUGAAGAAAUUUCAGCUCUUUUGGGCUCAGCAGCACCCCGACAGUUACGAAUCCGAAAUCAUCUGCUACGGUUUUUACGAGUCUUCGUUAAAUUUGAGUCGUCAAACCUUUUAUGUACCGGAAAAUCCUGCAACAUCAUCAUCGCCUCAUCCAACACAUUACUUAUGGUACGACAAAAAUGAGAAAUGUUUCGACGCCAUAACUUGUCUGUCAAACUUUUAUCAAGACACGGCUUCCUAUUGGGAUUUUCUGAUGCUGCGUGCCGAAAUUUGUCUCGACCAUUUCUUCGAACGCGAAUUUGUCGAUUCAUCCGACGACGAACAAUCCCGAUCCUUGCAAUUGAACGAUGAAGUCAAAUCGCUUGGGAUAACGUUUGAUUCUUUUAAGCGACAGUAUACAAGAUGGAAAAUGGGUGACGAAUUCGACCACUUGGUUUUAGACAUGGACCAUUGCAUCCAAUGGCCGGACGAUGAUUCCAAGGAUUCCGCCUCGGCGUGGUGUGAGCAACUUUGGCAAGUCACGGCACGUUGUUGGGCCCGUCAAACGGAGCAGGCCAUUAUCGACAGAAGGAGGAAAAUUGAGAUGAAUCGGCGAGAAACUAACAGCAAAACAAACAAAAUUCAAGAGAACAUUGAACGCUUGCUGCAUGCGGACAUUGGCAAAGGUCGUAAAGCCAAAAAAGAAACAGAUGGGGAAUUAGCUUUGAGUCAAUUGCUGCAAGAUUUGUAUAAUCCCGGCUUUGUUCCCGACUACAACUUGGCCUGCGAACGCAAAAAUCACGACAUCUACAAAGAAAAAAUUGCUUCCCAAUUAGCCCUCAAGGUUUUCGCUCUAUUACAUCCUCCAUCGUCUGCUAAUAAAGAGAAGCGGGCCGCAUUAGAGAAAUACGUGAAAAACCAGUCGAAUAAGAAUAAAGUGCUGAAAGAAUUGCACUCGGCUUUGAAUAACUUUGUAGGUCGAGAAAUCAGCGAUGGAAUUACACGCAAUCAUAUUUUAACCAUUCAAGGAGAAGCGAGUAUCGUACUGAAGAAAAUUGCAUCGUCAGUACAACUCGACGGACUCCAAAAAAUUGUCAUCAACGCGCAACGAGUCAUCUACGUGGAUUGCGACUGGAAAGUGCCCGGCAUCAGCGUGACCCUGUCGGCUCCGCUUAUCCGCAUCCUCUGUUCAUCCGGCGUGGAGAAGCAUACCAUAACAACGUCGGGUUGUGAUGGCAAAGAGCACAAGAGUCUAAAAGCAGCCGACGGAAAUGGAGCGGGCGCGAGCGGAAGCCAUGGACUAGCAGGUCAAGAUGGUGAGGAUGCCGGAAACGUCAAGAUUGACUGUCAAAGUUUCAUCGGUCGUUUGAAAAUUGUGGCUCACGGUGGAAAAGGAGCUGACGGCCAGAACGGCGGCGACGGCCAACCCGGCCAUAAAGGAUCUGACGGAGCUGACGGAAUAUUCCCCAGUGAGCAAGCAGAAGGAUCUACUUGGCAUUUUUUCGGCACCAGAUUGUACGAAAGCGAAGGCUGGCCCGGAUCACGGGGUGGAGAUGGUGGAUCGGGAGGCAACUGCGGCAAGGGCGGACGAGGCGGACGAGGUGGACAACUGUAUUUUGUAUCAUCACAUCAUGAUCGACCCACCGAUUUAUCUCAAUUCAUCGAACGAGACUGUGCCGACGGGCAGGAUGGCAAGGACGGCCAACCGGGUCGUGGUGCUCCGGGAGGAACGGGCGGCAAAGAUGGACAGGACGCGUUUUUGUAUUUCAAGCCAGACAAUUCAUGGUCAUUGAAGGGGCAGUGGCGACGUCACAAGGGUUCCCGAACCGAUUUGGAAAAGGUCUGUCUUUUGAAUUUGAAUAUAAUAAUGCUGGGAUACAAGAUUCGUGAAGAGAAUUUUCCAAUGAGGUAUGAAGCUGCGGAAGGCAAACGCGGAAACGAAGGCAAAAUCCCCGUGGCUGAUCAUCUGCAACAGAGAGAUCGCUCUUCCAAUGCAACUGCUGAUGUUGUCGCUUCGCAACUUGAUAAUUUUCAUCAAUCAGGAAGCGACGAACGAGAACGGCAUUUGGAGGCGACACGUCGCGAUGAAUGGGCGGAAACUGAUGCGGAAUCCAUCAACCGAAUAAUCGAAGAGCGGAAAACCAUUUCACGUCACAAAGAAACGCUGGAAGUACUGAACCAACAACUCAAGCGGCUGGACGAAAUCGGUCUGCGCGUCCGAUCGAAAAUUCAAGAAACAUUAGAGCAACGCAUCACUCAGCAAGCUGUUGUCAGCCAAAGGAUAACGAGACAACAGAAAUUGAACGAUGAUCUCGUCGGUCUUGGUGCUUCCGGCAGUGUCACAACGGAUCCUGGGAGAGAUAUUCGAUCCGCUCAUCCGGUUUCAGAUCAACCAACAGCGGCAAUUCAAUGCUUGGCUAAACUCAAUGCUUGGAUCAGCUCCCUUAUGAUGAGCAAAGACGACAACAACAAGAAUGUGCUACCAAUUCUUCGGACAGUCCAAUCGCUCGUCCUCAACUUGAGUCUCGAUGACCACGAAAAAGAAUGGAAUUCCAUUGAGAAAAUUUUCAACGAAAUGUCGAGCGAUCCGCUAAAAUUGGCCGAUUCUCUGAAAUUUAUCGGAUCGAAUCUUCGGUUGAUUAUAUCACUUGCUGACCAGUCGCCGGCGACGGAUUUGAUAAAAAAUCUCGAGGAAUAUCUGGCAUCGACUGGCCGCGACCGAGAAGCUGCAACGAAGAACACCAUUUGUGUAUUGCACGAAUUCUACCAGCACCCUAUCAAAUUUGAAGAUGUCAUUAAUUUGCUUACACGCCCUUCUGACUCUGACUGGACCCAGCAGAGUGACAUUCGAUUGGGCCUCUUUUUCGACAAAUGGCUACUUUCCGUCAUAUCGAAAACAAUUUUAGAAGUUUAUGAUGAUGAAGAACUCGGUACAUCAAGGGCCAGUCUCUUCGCUGAAGUUUGGCUGCAAUGCUCACCGCUGUCGAAGUGGACCAGGUCUGCUCCUUCAUCGGAUGAUGUAAAUGAAUGGUUGAAGGGAGUUUAUUUUUUCUUGAACCAAUUUCAAUGUUCAAUUUCGAGUCGUGACAAGAAAAACAAUAUCUUGCUACAAUUUGCUCGAGAUCGGCUGGGAAUAAUCCGGAACGUGUCUGAGAUUAACGUCGAAAAGCGAUGGAAAUUAUUUUUUGUCGUGGAUCAUUUUCAACCGAAAGUCGACGAGAUGGACGCGAUCGGCCAGUGGGCUCGCAAAAAUAGCGAUCAGCAAAUGAUGGCGUAUGUCGAAAGAGCGUUCAACGAGAGAUUCAUAGCACCACUUUGGUCACAAAUCCAGUCGCUCAUUGAAAAUCUGAAUUGGACCAAAGACCCCAAAAGUGGGAAAAUUGACGACGAUGUUGAAAAAGCCAUCCGUCGACUCAAGACGGCAAGCGUAUCGUCGUUUACCAGUUUUUCUUUCGGCCAACGAUUGGAUUUGAGCCGUGCUGUGAAGGAAAAACUCGAAAUUUUUGAAAGGAAUCAGGGUUCUGAUGUGGAAAAAAGGAAAUUUUUGGAUUGGAUCAAAGAAAACUCGGAAAAAGCUGAAGCGUCAACGGCCGAGUUAUUCGUAUCAAGUCAAAGUGAUUGUGACGACCAAGCGGAAAUUAUUUUGUCCUUGCUUGCCGAUUCAAAGAAAUUUGAAAAGAAGAAAGUGAUGCUGGAAUUGCACUUCCGUCUGAGUUAUCUUACUGACGCGUCGUUCGAACCGAGACAAAUCGUGAAAAUCGCUGAUAUUUUGCUCAACGAGUCGUCCGAUCACCCAGUCACCGACGAAUUCAACAAUUACCAUUGGCAGUGCUUCCGGUCGAUCUUCCUUGAAAAUUGGAGCAACUAUUUCUUCUCGCAUUGGAGUAAGUGCCAUCAACAGACGGAACGUUUUCGUGACAGGGUCGCCGACAGAAAUCCCGAAGACGACGAUCGAAGCUUAAACUCUUUGGAGUUGGCCCUUGAACGAUAUUUGCUUUUCACAACGGGUCUGCCACCGCUGGAUGCCGUCGAAAAAUGGCGUCAACUCCAAGAACUGUCUUCGCUUAAGAAACGCACCGAAUUCAUUGCAAAAGAUCUCAAAGGAGCCAUCCAAGAAAUAGAAUCGACAAUUAUUACUCCAAGAAUCAACCAACUCUAUUCGAAUACAUUUUUGAACAUCACAAAUAAAGAAAUGAACGCCAACACAAACAUCGUCACUUUGACAGAUAUUUUGUUUGAAAUUAUUUCGAGAACGACAAAGUCGUUUUUUGAUGAUGCCGAAUCGGUUCGAUCGCUACUGGACGUGAUCAAAGCAGUUCAAUGGAUAAUGGACCUGACAAAUGACGACUUGAACCAGAAAAAGGCCAGUAAUAGCGGGGUGGUAUCGUCAACUAAAAUCAGAGAAUGGAAAAAGGAAAUGGUCCGAUGGAAAGUCAUUGAUGGGGAGGCGGAAUCUAUGGUACACUUUGCCGUCGAAGAAUUAGUCGAAACCGCCGAAUGGAAGUUUUCAAAUGGGGACGACUGCAGCAGGAAAAUCUACGACCGCCUUGCUGCACGUCGUCGACACAUGUUGCACACGUUCGAUCAAGAGCUUUCCUGGUUGCAAACGUUUGUGGGUUAUUUGGCCGAUUCUCGGUCGGGUAUCGACAUGUUUAAAGUUAUUGAAGCAACGAUUGCCUCCAGCCAGUUUCUCAACUGGAACAAACUGAAAAGCGGGAAAACCUCACGUGUCCAAGUAGUAACUAACAUUUCGACGGCAUGUAAUUUCAUUCCAAAACCCGAUAAAAUCAGCUGGAACUCAUAUUUUGGCGCCCUUUUAAACCUGAAAAUCAGUGAGAAACUAAUUUGGUUGAUUACGACGUUGGCCAAUUUCGUCGGAGGACAACUGAGCAACGACCGGAAACGAGCUACUUGGACUGAAGUGAAAUGUUGGUUCGAUGGACUUGAAUCCCUGAUUAGUGACACGAAGAAGAUGAAUGGCACAUCUCCUGCUGUUAAUGUUAACCACUGGAAGGAGAUGGUGAGAAUCCAGCAAGUGUUGAUCGACCAUUGCAGAGCCUGCUACGAGACCAAGUUGUUAACGGAUCACGAAAAGCGUUCGAAGAACAAGAUGAACUUGACCCUUGUGUGCUUCACCUUUGAAAACACUGUUGGCCGCCUUACUAAUGUCGUCCGAUUUGUGCGGUCAAAAAAGGAAGUUUCCAGCAGUCGACAGCAGGACAGCCAAACCGAAUUUCUGAUGGAUCAACUGGAAACCCGCCAACUUCUCCUCAAGGCAUUGAUCCAACUAGGGCAGUCUGAUUCCUUUUACUGGGAUGAAGAAACUGUUAAUAGAUUUUUAAAAGACUUGUUGUUAUUUCCAGAACUCAAACCAUCGCCUUAUGAAUUAUGUAUCCUGUCAAAUAUGCUGGUGAGCGGACCUCGAAAGGCUGUCAUCGAACGAUGGAUAUCCCUGGAAAGCUGCUGGGAGCCGGAACGAAUUCGAGUUUUGGUCAAGUCGCUCCAGGACAAGAAUCUCAGCCUAAAUGACGCCCAGUUAUUGUUUUCCAUCGCCGGUUACGACAUUUUCAACGACGAAGAAAAAUCCUACAUUAAGUUGAUCGACGAUAAUGCGGCCGUGGAGAGUUUCCUGCUGGUCGACGACCAACAUCCGUCCUAUUUCUUGGGCGUGUUGCAGAAAUUGGCCAUCGAGCGCAUCCGAGCCGAGUUUGUGCGCUGUUUCGAGCCGUCCAUUACCGUCCAGGACAUGGAUCGUUAUUUGCCAAAGCCCAGCAAGGAUGGCGCUCUGUACCGCCAGGGAGCUUUAUUAGCAGACAAGCAGCACAUCACCCAACUUUGUCGAUCGUUUAAUCGGUUGAUCCGGACAAAGAAUGAACAAGGCGACGAACUGCGUGAUUGGCUCCAUUGGAUUCGUGACGUCGUCGUUCCUUCACUAAAAUCGUACAAAAUUGAACAAGGAUUGUCCGUCCAGCAGAUAACCAAAUUCUUCAAAGAUGUUGAAGAAUUUCCGCUCGACUUGUGUCGAUCCGUCACGACUAGAAGCCGACCUCACCAGUGGAUCGACAUGCUCGCCAUUUUCGCCAUUAAGGAAUUAUUCGAUCAACUUAUCGAGAAGUGUCGUGAGGACCGAAUAAAAAUGAAGAGUUCCGAUAUUGUCCAACAACUGGUUCAAUGGUGGACAUCGUCCGGAGCGCCAACGUCCUUUUUGCACAUUUUCCAUCACAAGAUCCGGAAGGAAAUGGCAGGCGACCCACACCAGUUGAUGACACUCGUUCAAGAGUUGACCAAAAAAUUGACGGCACUUAAACUUCAUUCUCUGCUACACGAAGACGUCAUAUUGGGCCGUUUCUCCACCGCUUCUUUGAACGAUUGGCCGUCAGUGAUACGCUACGUCCAGCUGGCCGUUGAUUGGACGCCCGACCUUGCUCUUCGCCUGAAGUCUGUAUUCGAUGACCAAUUUGGGCAGGAAAGAACCGACCAGUUUCUUCGUUUGGUCGUUCACCGCCACCCGGAACUAAACGAAAAGUCGGACGAUGAUAAAACUCAAUUAAGAAACAUCCUGAAUACUUUGCUUCGAUACCCCUGGAUGAAAGAUCGAUGGAUUGACUUGAUCGACAAAAGUUUGCAACAAAAUUCGGUGAUUGUGGAACAAUCGAUUUGGAAUUCACUGUCCGAUUCAGAGAUGAUCAAAACAGAAAUGAGUAAAUCGAGUCGAGUCGAUUUGAGUGUCGAUGACAUUUUGACCAUCAUGAGCCAAGAUCCUGAGUCGAGCAAAGUCAUCGGCAAUAGCAGCGAAAUGGCCCAACGGAUCACACUCAUCCGCCAAGAAGCCAAGAAUGUCAACGUUAGACAAUGGCCUGAGCAAAUCAAGAAGAGCGACAAGACAUUGAAAGUGGACGAAUUUCUGGCCGUCGCUUGUCGAGUCGUUUACGAUAAAAAGGGCUACGUGCCCAGGGACGUUCAACUUAUUGCAGUCGUCGCUUUCGUUUCUUCCGAUGACCCGCAAGCCGGACGGAUGCCACGACGGAUGGGACAAAUUUCGACCGGCGAAGGCAAAACGCUCAUCUCUGCCCUGGUGGCCAUUUACCACGUUCUGCGCCACUGGGAAGAGGAUCGGCACGUCAACAUCAUCACGAGUUCUCCCGUGCUGGCCGAAGCCAACAUUGCCGAAAUCGGAUGGCUCUUCCAAGCGUUUGGCGUGAGCGUGAGCAACAAUUGCGACCAGAAAUGUUCCAACGACGACGAUAUCAGGCGUGAGCGGUACAACAACGACGUCAUCUACGGCGACCUGGGCAGUUUCAUGCGUGACAUUCUCCUCACGCGCUUCUUCGAGGACAAGGACGUGACCCGCAAUCGCAACCCAGGAGCCAUUAUCGUCGACGAGGUGGACUCGUUGACUCUCGACAAAGGUGAAAAUGUCCUGUACUUGUCGCACAACAUUCCCGAAAUGUACGAUCUUAUGGGUCUUUUUGUCCACAUUUGGACGACAGUCAACGCUCCAGACGUCGUCCGUUUGGCCGAAUCGAGUGACAUUGUCGAUGAAAUUCGCCAGUUGAUUGAGCCGAUGAUUCCAACUUGCGUUCCCAAUGGAAUGAAGAAAUUCGCCGAGCAGCACCUGUCUACGUGGAUCAGGAGCGCCUUCCGGGCUUGUUAUUUGCUCCAACCCAACGACGCUUACAAGGUGGACGAUUGUGGUGAUGGCCAAGGCCGGCGGAUCGUCAUCAUGGACAAGGAGACGGGAGUGGAGCAAACGCAAAGUGAGUGGUCGGACGGAUUGCAGCAGUUCUUGCAGUUGAAACACGGCAUGAAAUGGACGCCCAUCUCGUUGAAGGCCAUUUUCAUGUCCAACAUUGGCUACUUUAGCGAAUUUGAGGGCCGCAUGUACGGACUGACGGGCACACUCGGUUCCACGGCCGAGUGCGACCUGCUGCGCCAAGUGUUUGGCGUAAAUUUUUUCCGUUUGCCGCGAUUCCGGCAGCGCUUUUGCAUCCAGCACGAGCCGGUAAUCGCCAACAGUCGCCAAGCUUGGGUGGAUCAAAUGCAGAAAGUGGUUGUAAGCAUCGCUUCGACGACGUCCAAUCCAAAUCAACAGCGGGCCGUGCUCGUCGUUUGCGAGAACAUUGAAUCGGCCGAAUUGAUUUACGAACGCCUUAAAACGACUAUAACAAGCGCCCAAAUUCAAGUCAUCAAGUACGUCAGCUCAUUCGACGAGUCCUUCAAAAAUCACCAAGAAAUUCUUCCCGGUCAGGUGAUUAUCGCCACCAAUUUGGCUGGUCGGGGAACGGAUUUGAAACCAAGCCAAAGUCUCGUGGACAACGGCGGUCUGCAUCUGAUAAUCGGAUUUGUUCCACCCAAUGCCCGCGUCGAAGCCCAAGCCGAAGGACGAACAGCCCGUGCUGGCCAACCCGGAAGUUUCCAGUUGGUCAUCGAAUCGGUGAAGGAUGAGAAUCAUGGCGACCCUUACGGCCGGAUGCUUGAGUUGAAAUCAAAGCGCGACGACUACGAACGGCUCCGAUUGGACAACAUCCGACAAGAAUCUCUGCCAAAGAUCCAACUGGAAGAGAAACUCUUCCACGAAUUCUACAAGAAAUGCGUCGCUCCAUUGGGAGAGACCAAGUCGCACUUGCAUCUACAACAACAGCAUAGAAAGAUAAAGAGGAGUUGUUUGAACAAUCGCUGGGCGUUGUGGCUCGACGAAAAUUCCGGCCUCAUCGAGAAGGCCCAUCACGAUCCGAAGGUUAUGGCUAAACUAAAAGGCAAUUUCAAGCUUCUAACCAAUUCGGUCCAAUCGUCGGACGUCGAGUCCAUCGUGUCCAGUCCGAGCGAAUUGAUGAUGUUCGCCCGUCACAACGAGGAAUCAUCGCUCCCGGACAAAGCGGUCGAGUGUUACUGUAGAGUGGCGAGUAUGGAACCCAAUUGGUGCGAAAACGCCCUGCUUGAUCGCGCCCGCCUCGUCCUGGCCGACAGCGCCAAUUUCAAAAAGAAAAAAGAGGCAAAAGGCUAUUGUAAAAGAGCGCGCCAACUGAUUGACGAUCGAGUCCAAGUGCUCGCCAGUCUCCACCAACAAGUCGAUCAAUGUUUGAACAGACAAAUGGAACGCGGAUCGGCCCUCUGUCACAAGCGGUUCGAGGAACAAAUCAACAAUCAAAUCCGUUUGUGGCGGAUUCACUCGUCCAAAAUCGACAACCUGCUCGGCGUGCCAUUGAAAAGGGCCUUGGCUAACUUCUUACCCACCGAGAACAACCAACACAUCGAUCAAGUCAUCGAAUUACUCGGACAAUGCGAUUUUAUGAAGCCACUUCGCUAUUCAAAAAAAGCUGAGAAAAGUUCAUUCGAUUGGCCGCCGUUUGUCGCCCACUGCCGUGAGCCUCUGUCGGAUCUUGUGAAAAAGAGAAAUUGCAAAUUGUCGGAUUUCGAGGACGCGAUCGGCCAAGCGGAAACAAAACUUUGGACGAGUUUAAUCUCCGUUUACAUCGACGAUGGUAAAUUGGCUGGUGGCGGUAAAAUGAUUCAGGCUCACCAGGACGUCGAAGAAAUACCCGACGUUAUUAUACCCAAAAGUUACCGGCGUAUUUUGCCCGGUUGGUUGAAAUUUCACGACGGCCAAGAUUUUUCACUCAUUUCCUCCACACUCGGUAUCGACGACGACGACCAAUUGAAGAAGCUGGAAAAUUGGUUGGAAGAUAAAAAAGUGUUGCAAGAGGCGGACAAAUGCUUUCGUCAUCGACUUCUAAAACAGAUUCCAUCGAUGGACCAAGAUCCUGACGCCCAACUGGUAGAAGGUGUGGCCAUCUCGUCUUGCGCCGAUGUUGUGGCCGCUUGGUUCUCUUCUCCCAUCGUCGAAAAAGACGGAAAUCUGUACGUUCUUCGGCCACUUUUUGAUGAGCGCAAAAAGCAAUUGGCCAAACAGUUUCUCGAUUACCUCAUCGACGUGGGCGUGGUCAAAGAUCCUGCCAUUCGAUUUCCGUCAGCCGGAACUGAGCGAUCCAGAGAACAAAUAAAAGAAGAUUUGGAUAAGAUAAAAAGUGGUAUCGAUUCUCUCUACGGAUUGAACCAGCUCACUAAGCUCUUUUACGACACAGAUGAAAAAGUGAAAGAGAAGAAAGAAGACGUAAAGGCGAUAAGCACUUUGGAACAAAGCAUUAAGGGAUUGAUCCCACCGAUCGUGACACCCCUUGUUGUUUCUGUUGCUAAUCAGGCUUCGACUCUUUCAAGCGGUUUCAAUAGCAAUACCAGACAAAGUAAAAAAGCUAAUGCUUUGAACGAGAUGGAGGAAAAACUGUCGACAGAGCUCAUGCAAGCCAUCGACAUUCACCUCGGCCAGUUGAAAACAUUGGCCCAAGUCAAGUCCUCGUUCUGUUCGCUGCACGCCGCCCUCCCGUCACCCGGCGACGACCCAUCGAGUCCCACCGACGAGGUUCACCAGUUCAACAAUCAGCACUUGGAUCGCGUUCUCAAGGUGGAUGAGCACGUGUCACGAUGGGAUUGGCGGGUAGGCGCCGUCGCCCUCAUUGGAGUCGCCCAAUUGUACGGCGCUAUAGAUUUUCCUUUCUACCGUGAGGGCCUCGUUGACGAGGGCAUCAACGACUUGAUGUUUGCCUUCCAGUGUCUCCAGUCACCGGGAUCCUUCUCUUUGAAAUCCUACCUCGUGGACAAGGGCAAAAGUUUGGCGCUGACUGCCGUCACGAUGGGAUUAGGAGCAGCCCGGCUUGUCAAGGCGUGCGGCGGCAAUUUAAAACAAGCGAACAAAAUGAUAGUUCAAUUCGGUGUAACACUCAUUGAAUGGUUUGAGGCCCGCAGUUAUUUAAGGUUACAGUACUCCAACAUCAUUUCGUCGUCCAUCAUCGGCCUGGGUGUCAGUCGCUUCCUCACGUGGCUCAACAAGUUCAUCAUGGAACAGGUGCUGGAGCGCAUCAAAUCGUUCUUGUUAAACAACCCGAUAUUUCGGCCAGCUUUCGCUCAGCUCAAAGGUUCCAUGAAAUCCUUGAUGAUUGCCAUUGUCAAAAGCGGCAAGAGCGCAAGCGAAGCCAGCCAAAUGAUUCGACAAGUGCUGGAUCGAGCCAAGAAUCAACUGAACAACGGUGAUUGGUUCACUGAACUUUGCACGAACGUCUCAUCCGUCACCAGUCGCAUGAAGCGAAUCUUCAGCGAUUCGACGGCCGGCCUGUCCAACUUGCAGAGCAGCUACGUCAGCGAGUACCGGCCACACGCGUCAAUUGGAAACUCCCAGGUUGUUGAAAAGGUCAUCAAAGUGAGCCAGACUAUCAUCGAUUAUGGACAAAAGGCGAUCGAAGUGACUCAAAAAGUUGAAAAGUUCGCCACCACUUGCCAGACGGUCACGAAAUUGGCCACACAUGGAAUGACGUACGUCGGCGAUUUGAAUGCCGCCCUGCAGGAUGAACUGAGGGCAUUGAGGAUAAAAAGUCAGCAGGAACAGCAACGAUUGCUCACGACUGGCGAAAGUGGUGGCGGUCCAAUCGGCCUGGCUCCACCCCUUAAUACAACUCAAAGUCGAGAAAUUCGUUUCGAGUAUCGGCUCCAAACUCGUCCAAAAAUAUUCCACUUCCCUGUUACCAGAAGGAGCUAG